GUGGCCUGCAGCGUGGCGCGAGAAGCGCACAACAAGCCAACUUGAAGCCGGCGACCGCGCCCGCCGAUGCGGAGGAGCUGUGCACCCUGGAGGAGAUGAAGGCCACGCAGAUCAUCGGUGUGGACCCGUGCGGGGGAGGGAAUUGGUUCAUGGCAGCACGGUCUCCGCUGUACCAGCCCUGGGCUUGGGAGGGUGUCAGGGAGGGUGUCAGCCCUGCCCAGCGCUUCCUGCUCGAGCUGCACGACAAGCAGCUGGAUGAGGAGUUGUUCCCUGGGCAGCUGCCGCCGGAGCCGCGUCGCAGGCGCAAGGGCGUCAGGCGCAAGGGUGGCGGGCGCAAGGGGGGCCACCGCCGGAAGCAAUCGAAGCACUGGCAGCCGCGAGCCAGGACAGCGCGGCGGCGGCGCCAGAAGCGGGGCCGAUUCCAUAUGAGUAUGGGCCAUAUGUCAGGCCUGGAACGACUCCAGCCAAACCGCCCACAGCUUGCGCCAGCCCUGCAGGCGUACGUCGGCGGCAUCCCCACGGCGGCGACCGCGUCGGCGGCCCGGUUUGAAGAGCGCCUGCGCUACCUCUUCGCCAGUGGGGCGCAAGGGCAGGCAGCGGGGCAGGAGGCGGGGCAGGCGGAGGCGGCGGGGCCGGCAGAGGCGGGGCCCCGGGGCGCGGUGCACGUGCUGUGGCACUACCACUUCUCCAACUUCCGCCGAAAGCGCUGGGCUGCGUUCAUCCAGCGCGACCGCGCGCUCCACCGCGUCGCCAAGCAGCUCACGGGCGGCAGGCCCAAGGAGGAGGUGGUGGUGGGGUGGGGUUCGUGGGCCUUCCAGGGAGGGAAGGGCGGCUCCCCCAUCUCCGUCAGGGGCGGGCGCGCGCCGACGGGGCGGCUCAUCAAGCUGCUCCGUGAGCGCUACGCCAAGCAUGUGUUCAUCAUCGAUGAAUACAAGACCUCCAAGACCUGCUACAACUGCGGGUGUCAGGAGAUGGCCAUCAAGCGGCUUGGGGGGCUGAAGGAGGGGCAGCGGCCCUGGUCGGUCAAAGUCUGCAACGACUGCUUGACGACCUGGAACCGCGACGUCUCCGCCGCCAACGUGAUCCGUGUGCUCCUCCUGCUGAAGCUGAGGGGCUUCGAGCGGCCGACCAAGCUGCAGCGGCCGCCAUGGCCGCCGGCGGCGGCGGGGCCGGGCUGAGAGCCUGAACGGCGCUAGCAGGGCGUGGGGCUGAGGGUGCACGUGUCGAUUGGCGGCGAGUGACGUGACUAGUUUGUUAGCUGCGGGUUAGCACGGACUGUGCACCCCACCCAACCGGCCACGUCCGGAUUUGCGGGGAUGCCAAAGGCCCCCAACAUAGAGGCGUGUGCUUAGUAGGCGCCCGCGUCAAGGUGGCUGGGUUGAUAACGACCCGGGAGGGGAGGGCUCAGCCCUUUUCCUGCCUCCCUAAGGCAGCCACCUCCUUGUUGUUUUGAACGUCGGGGGGGCUGUGCGCGUUCUGGGUGGGUGGGAGAGGACAGUUUGUGCGAGAUCUGUGGGGCUGUCACGGUAAUUGACGGGGGCGCCUGAAAAGACAGAUGAGCCAGUGCGGACCGGAGGAGGGAGUGAUUGGACUUGCUGUUCGCGCGACUGAAGAGGGAGGGAUAGGCGAAACAGGGGAAAUCGGUAAGGAUGUGGAGGGUCGGAGAACUUGGUUGGGCGGGGAAAGUAGUGGGAGGAGUGGGAGAAGUGUCUGUGUGUCAGGCGGGAACGUCGUGAUUGAGAGGAGCGGGCUGCGGAGGUAUCGGGUGGACUUUACGCA